AUGGGGAACGCAAACCCUCUCCCCGAUCUGGGGGCUGCGGGAGCCGCCGCCGCCAAAUUUGUUACCGCCGCACCCAUCAUUAUCGCAAAUAAUGGUGUAAACUACGAAGAAACCGCGACCGGAGGCGCGGUGCAAUACAAAGACUUCCGCGAUCCCUUCUUCUCUCAAUCCAUCUUUCCCGUCUGCUACGCACUCGCCGCGACGACUGUGACGGCAUACAUGCUUGUUAUUAUGCUUUUCAUCACGCCUCGAUCCUUUCUCGACGGCGGAAUUGUAUAUCUGGGUCGACGCGGGUUUACCGGUGGCGGAACGUCAAACGGAAUUAGCAUCGGAGGACGACCGUGGCUGCAGAAAGUGGCCGCCGUUACCGUUGCAAUCUCACUCACGAUAGCCAGCGCCGACACCUUCAAGGUGGCGGAGCAGCAGUACCAGUGGGCAAUUCAGGACGCCCAAAAGAUGCAAUCGGAGGUCAUGGAUGGCACGGAACUGAAGGUCAUUCGCCUGAUUUCUGACACGUUUUUGUGGCUGGCGCAAGCCCAAACUCUCAUCCGACUCUUCCCACGCCAGCGGGAAAAGGUUAUUAUCAAGUGGACUGCAUUCGCGCUGAUCACGCUGAACCUCAUCUUCAGCGCCCUCAACAGCUUUCAGUUCCCCACCAGCGGAAGCAACGGCAACGCCCGUCCCCGAAGCUUCGUCAAUGCCAUCCCCGCUCUCAGCUACCUAUUUCAACUCUCCCUCGGCCUUUUGUACGCCGCCUGGGUUAUUUACUACUCCCUCAUGAAGAAGCGAUACGCGUUCUACCAUCCGUUGAUGAAGAACAUGGUUCUGGUUUCCACCCUCUCCCUCUUCGCCAUCCUCGUCCCAGUUGUCUUCUUCGUCCUGGACAUGGCCAAGCCGGAAUUCACGGGAUGGGGAGACUACGUUCGUUGGGUUGGUGCCGCGGCCGCCAGCGUGGUGGUUUGGGAAUGGGUGGAGAGAAUCGAAGCGUUGGAGAGGGAAGAGAAGAAGGACGGUAUUCUUGGCCGCGAAAUAUUUGACGGCGACGAAAUGCUGGAAGUUUCUGCCUCGGAGUUUCCUUGGCUUAGAAGAAGGAAGAAUCGGCAUGGUGGCCGGGACGACGGUGGCCAAGAUGGUCCCCAAGGUGGCGGAGCCGUCGCUCAAGGUUCUCCUUCUGGUGGCAGAGGCAACCUUUGGCCCGGCAUGACACAAAUCGCCUCCAGGUACCGUGUCAACCACGCCCAGGCCAAUGCCGAACCGCACAACGCCCCGAAUGGCCAAAGAUCCAUGGGCGGUCUGUUACGCCCGCCAGUGUGGCCUUCACGGCCCGCCCCCGCGGUAACUCCCGUGAGCCGAACCGACACAGCAAGCGCAGCGAGCACUGUGUAUGCCGUCAGAUACCAAAUGCCGUCGGAAGCAACCUCGCGGACACCAGAGGUGGCGCCCCAGGAUGUCCACCCGCCUCAACGCAACCCAGCAGCUGCCAUUUCGAGGAGCGACUCGGCAUUCUCAAGGAGCAAGUCAGUCGCUAGCGACGAUGAACCCGCGAUGGCGGCCCCCAUCCCGAGACCAGCGACUCACAAGGCGGUUGAAAUGGACACGGAAGCCCAGGAAGACAUGGCCGCGAAGGGCAGGAAUGGAUGGAGAUCGCUCAUCGCCAACCCGCUCUUCCGGCGAACCGCUCGGGAUCCACCCGCCGAAGUGAUGGCUCAUGCCGAGUCCAAGUCCGAAGCCCGUGGCGGUCACGAUGAUGCUGGAAGAUGGGAUCUCCGGGCCCGGUUGGAAGACUUCGCAGCGACACAAGCCGAGAAGAUCAGAGAGAAGAUGCGCCCCACUCCCGAGACGGACAGUCUACCAGUCACCGUCAUCCCCGCGCCACCGAGGCAAGGGGCAGCAUUGGCUCAACUGCUGGAAGAGGAGAGGGGCCAAGAGACCCCUGAGCGUGUGGCACUCACCAGAACUACUAGUGACGCGUCUGCCCUCUCCCCUCAGCCUGCCGGUGCACUCGGCCGGACAGCGAGUAACUUCUCCCAUCUUUCACGCGGUGCGAGUCAACCUCCAGAAGCGGCAACGCUGCAGCUGAGCAGGCCGCCGCUCUGGCCCGGUGUACGACCUCAACAGCAGGAGUACGAGCCCCAGUCACCCAGCGCGCCUUCCCAUGGCCGGCGGUUGGGAGAUGACUCGGGCCCGCCAACUACUCCCUGA